UGAUGAUGUUUUCACUGAGACAAAAAACGACCGGAAAUUGGCUUUUGAGCCACCAAGCGCCCCCUGGAGGAACAAACCUUUCAGUGUAAGAGCAAGCAAAACAAACAGCCAGAAGCAUCUGCUGACAAGGGACACGGAAGUCUGGUAUUAGAUAUGGAGUGUAAGCUGGCUGAGUUCAGAGAACGAAAGAAAGCACAGACUGAAGCCAACAAACCUGCUGAUCGUGUGAUCCAGAGAGAAACGAGAGCAAUAAGCGAUGGUUCUCCAGAUCAGAAGCCCAACACCUGUCCACACACUGAGGAUCCCAGUCAUUAUUUGUUGAACACUACCUGUGUUGGUUGGCUUCAGCGGGUGUCCCUCACCCGUCUGACCCUGCUCAAAGUGCUGCUGUGGCUCGCGCUGCUGGGACUGUUUUCAGAACUUGAGUUCGGCCUGCCCUUUUUUGUUAUAUCGUUAUUCUACUGGCUCUAUGAGGGCCUUCGAAGCCCAAAAGCCCGACAACCUGGAGAAAUGAGUGCGUACUCCGUGUUUAAUCCAGAUUGUCAGCCCAUCCUGGGAACUUUAACAGCCGAACAGCUGGAAGGAGAGAUGGGAUACAGGCCAGCGGCCAAUGGAUGAACGUGGGAAACAAGGAAAACCGUCUAAAUAUAGAUCUGUAAAGUGCACUUGGUAAACUUGUUUGCAUUAUAUUAAUGUAUCUUAGUGUUGAUUAGUUUACCUGUAUUCACAUGUAAUAAAAUUAUUUUGUUGAAA